GUUCAUCCCUCUGGGAAGCUUUUCGUGCUUUCGGAUGGAGAAGGAAAACAGGCGACUGUGGAGAUGAGCGAGCCUCUAGAUGAAGAGAUCUCGGGAGUUCUUGAAGUAGUGGGAAGAGUAACAAAUCAAGCAACUAUCAUGUGUAUGUCAUACAUCCAGUUCAGAGAAGAUAAAAGUCCAUUUGAUCUGGAACUCUACAAUGAAGCACUAAAAAUUAUUCAUGAAUUCCCUGACUACUUCCCAUUUGGUACUGGGAGGAACAAUUGA